AUGGCUUUGUGCAGCCACUCUUUCCAUCAACGCGGUGGGCGCUGUAAGGUGCUGGAAGAAGACGAAACAGUGCAGUGCAGCGCAGAGCGACUGGCCGGGUGGAAAUGGAAGCAAGAGCAGGAAAGAAGCAGAAGGUCUCAUCAAAUCCACAUACAGCAGUCAAACCUUCAGAAGGCCAAGACUGAAGUGCACGAUUUCCUGCAAGGCCAUGGCAUUCCCACUGACAGCUUCGAUGUCAAUGUGGCAAAGAAGUCUUGCUUCGGGCUGUGCCGAACUUAUCCGCUUCACAUCGCCGCAAAAGAGAGAGACUGGCACAUGGUUCGCCUACUCCUGUUCUUCGGUGCAGACCCCGCGCAGCGGGACAGCCGUGGACGGACUCCGUAUGACUACAUGGGACCUCUCAUUCGAGCAGAUUAA